UUUGGAUCAAACUCUGCCUUGGAAAACCAUAAAACAAAAAACACUGGGGAGAGACCUUACAACUGUGCAAUUUGUGAAAAAAAGUUUCAAAGAAACUCGUAUUUGAAAAAACAUCAAAUAACCCAUACUGGAGAGAAACCUUACAGUUGUGCAAUAUGUGGUAAACAUUUUUCAGGAAGUACCAUCUUAAAAAAUCAUCAAAGAAUACAUACUGGGCAGAAACCUUAUAGUUGUGCAGUGUGUGAAAAACAUUUUAUGUCAAAGGAUGCAUUAAGAAAUCAUCUAAAAACACACACUGGGGAGAAACUUUACAGUUGUACAAUUUCUAAAAAACAAUUUGGAUCAAACUCUGCCUUGGAAAACCAUAAAACAAAAAACACUGGGGAGAAACCUUACAACUGUGCAAUUUGUGAAAAAAAGUUUCAAAGAAACUCGUAUUUGAAAAAACAUCAAAUAACCCAUACUGGAGAGAAACCUUACAGUUGUGCAGUUUGUGAAAAACAGUUUGCUAGAACCUCAGAAAUAAAAAAACAUCACAGAACACACACUGGGGAGAAACCUUACAGUUGUACAUUUUGUGGAAAACAAUUUAGAAGAAACAGUGUUUUAAAAGAUCAUCAAAGAAUACACACUGGUGAGAAACCUUACAGUUGUGCAAUAUGUGGUAAACAUUUUUCAGGAAGUACCAUCUUAAAAAAUCAUCAAAGAAUACAUACUGGGCAGAAACCUUAUAGUUGUGCAGUGUGUGAAAAACAUUUUAUGUCAAAGGAUGCAUUAAGAAAUCAUCUAAAAACACACACUGGGGAGAAACCUUACAGUUGUACAGUUUGUGGAAAAGAAUUUAGAACAAACAGUGAGUUAAAAGAACAUCAAAGAAUACACACUGGUGAGAAACCUUACAGUUGUGCAAUAUGUGGUAAACAUUUUUCAGGAAGUACGAUCUUAAAAAAUCAUCAAAGAAUACAUACUGGGCAGAAACCUUAUAGUUGUGCAGUGUGUGAAAAACAUUUUAUGUCAAAGGAUGCAUUAAGAAAUCAUCUAAAAACACACACUGGGGAGAAACCUUACAGUUGUACAGUUUGUGGAAAAGAAUUUAGAACAAACAGUGAGUUAAAAGAACAUCAAAGAAUACACACUGGUGAGAAACCUUACAGUUGUGCAAUAUGUGGUAAACAUUUUUCAGGAAGUACGAUCUUAAAAAAUCAUCAAAGAAUACAUACUGGGGAGAAACCUUAUAGUUGUGCAGUGUGUGAAAAACAUUUUAUAUCAAAGGAUGCAUUAAAAAAUCAUCUAAGAACACACUCUGGGGAGAAACCUUACAGUUGUACAAUUUGUAAAAAACAGUUUGUAUCAAAUUUUGCCUUGAAAAAUCAUAAAACAAAACACACUGGGGAGAAACCUUACAACUGUGCAAUUUGUGAAAAAAAGUUUCAGAGAAACUCGUAUUUAAAAAUACAUCAAAGAACCCACACUGGGGAGAAACCUUACAGUUGUGCAUUUUGUGGAAAACAGUUUGCUAGAACCUCAGAGAUAAAAAGACAUCACAGAACACACACUGGGGAGAAACCUUACAAUUGUGCAAUUUGUGUAAAAAAGUUUCCAACAAAUGCAGAAUUAAGAAAACAUCAAAGAACCCACACUGGGGAAAAACCUUUCAGUUGUGUAGUAUGUGGAAAACACUUUGGCACAAAAAAUUGUGUAGAAAAUCAUCAAAGAAUACAUACUGGGGAGAAACCAUACAGUUGUGAAGUUUGUGGAAAACAAUUUAAAUCAAACAGUGAAUUAAAAAGUCAUUUAAGAACACACAAUGGGAGAAACCUUGCAGUUGUGCAGUGUCUGGAAAACACUUUGGUAGAAUAAAUUACUUAAAAUGACAUCAAAAAAACACAUCUGGAAAUAAUUUUGUAGGAAGUAAUAACUAAAGGAAACAUAAUAGAAUAAAUCCUCUUUGAAAACGAUACAGUUGUUCAAUUUUGUGGAAAAUGCUUUAGAAGAAACAUGAAAUUAAAAGAAAAUCAAAGAAAACACACUGGGGAGAAAUGUUACAUUUCUGUAGCAUCCAUGCCUAUGUUCACCAAGUAGCAGUCCCGUCUUAGACUUGUGGCACAUGUGUGGCUCUGCCCUGGUCUCAUGGUAUAUGAUCCAGUGGAUUGCUAAUGUCUCCAAAAUAUACUAACAUUCUCUUCACACUGAUCAGUUUGUUUUUGAUACUUGCUUACAUUCUUGCUCCCUUAAUUUUGUUGAGCAGUAUAAUAAGUAUAACUUACAAACCCUUGUACUAAUUGUUUUUAAUCUCUUAAAUUUAUAACAAGCAUGUGUUAGAAAUACUUGAUUUGUUUUGUUCUCCACUUACAAACAUUCAAAUGUUUAUAUAUAAAUUCCAUAAAUAGGGAAGAAUAUUUACAUAAUUACUGGCUUAUUGAUAAUCAUGACAAAACAAACUUUCUACAGCUUAUUGUUAUAUGGAUAUUCUUUAUUUAGAUCACACAAUCAAUCAUUUAUAUUGUUAACCUAGAAAAAUGCAAGUUGAAACUUCAACCUAAAAAUUAUAUCUUUAUUGAGUUUAUGGUUGUUAUUAAUUCUGAGAGUAGUGCAGAACUGGAACUGAACCUAGAAUUAAAGGUUUUUUUUGUUUUUAUUAUUAAGUUAAUUUUAAAA